AACCGUCAAAUAUAUUAUACUUCUGUCAACUGGGUAUUCGUGGAAUCGUGGAAAUGAAAAACUUCUCUCUCGAAUAAAAAGUUUAAUUUUUGUUGAAAUACAAUAGAAAAACGUGUUGUUAACGGUUGCAGAAGUUUUCAACUAAAAAAAUGUAUCGCCUUGUUUUAAAUAAUGGAAGCAAAUGUGCACGCAAAGGAACAUUCCAGGCCCAAUGCCAACGACACAGUAGUAAUAAUAUUCCAAGACAGGCAGGUUUUGGAAAAGUUGCUGUUUUACUAGCGCCUGUAGUUGCUAUUGGAGGAAUAAUAUCAUACGCGAAUUAUGACAAAGAAUUUAGAAAAACUGUCGAAAAGAAUGUCCCAGGGUCAGCGGUAUUUAUAAAAUUUGUGUUAGAAGAUAAACCUAUUGAGACUGUUUCAAAAAAAUUGGACACUGUAUCACACCAAAUCAGCAACGUUACAUCUACAGUAACAAAUCUUUUUGGAAAUACCGCAGACAAAAAAUCCGACCAAGUUAAAGAAAAAUCUACUUCACAAGCUUCUCCUUUACCUAUAAAACGUACUGAAGCCAGUGAAACUAAGUCUUCAGUUAAGCCAGGAGCUCCUAUAGCCCCAGUAACAAUACAAAAGCCCGUAGAAACUCUUCCCAAAGAUGUAGUUGAACUCGAAAAAGAAGUAGAACUUGCAGCAUCCUUAGCUCUUCAAGAGUACAACAAGGCAAUAAAUAUUUUAAAUUCUUUCAACAAUGAUGUCCGAAAAAUUGUAGAUAAAACAGUUGACGAUAUUGAUCCCACCUCGUGGACAACUUUGAAAAACAAAACAAAUGCUCGCGAUACAUCAGUUCAAGCUGCUGAACAAGCUGCGAUCCAGGCACUUAAGAAAAUUGAAACAUGUCAAAUUGCUCUUAGCAAAAUUGCAAAUGCAUCAAAUCACGAUCGUGUUCUGGAAGUUCGCAACAAGACCAAAACUCUAACUGAUCACAUAAAUGGAGUUAAAAAUGAGCUUUACAAGUUAAAAGAUGUAUCAUCAUUGUCUGAAAAUUAUUGGAAAAAGGUCGAAGCGUCUCGUAACUAUUUCGUUGAUCAAAUUGAGUCCAUAUUUCCUGGAAUAAAUCUAGCUGAAAAAAAAUUAAAAAUUUCUCAAGAUGAUCUUGAUCUAUUUUUGUUACACGCAUAUUCCCAUGUGUUGACAUACCAAAAAGAAUUGCAACGCUUGCAAACAGAUGGAGAGCUACGAUUAAAGCGAGCAAUCGAAGCGUACCGAGGAAAUGAUCAAUCUGUUGCAGUACAAGCUCAGCUUGAUUUUUUCCUUGAGAAAGAAAGACGCAAAUUAGCGAUCGAGAACCAAAACAAAAUAUUGAAUAUUCGAGCUGAUGCGGAAAGACAAUUACGAAAACAACUGAAACAACAGGCAGAAGCUCAUGUUGACCAUUUAAACGAUGCCAUUUCGCUGAGGGAGGCUGAGUUAAAACGAAACUUCAGUCGGGAACUGGAAGAAAAACUUUCCACAGAGAAAGCGUCGUAUAAACUCCAACUAGCAGCAAUGCUUGGAAAACUACGUGGAAUGGACACUGCAUUGAAAGAAAUUGACGAUGAGUUGAAAGAUCGUGCAGAAUCAGAUCGUUCUGCACACCAGGCUCAAGCUUUAUGGGCUUCUUGCCAAGCUCUCUGGGCAACAGUCCGAACUGGAGAACCAGGCGUACACUGGAGAAAUAAGUUGCGUCCAUUGAAAGCCGAAAUAAAUGCUGUGACUAAAGUUUCCGAGGGUGAUGAAUUAGUGUCUGUCGUUAUUCAAAAUCUACCUACAACUGCCAUACACCGAGGUGUUUUCCCCGAAGAUGCACUGCGUGAACGCUUUUUAAAUGUUGAAAAAGUUGCUCGUAAAGUUGCCCUAGUACCGGAGGGAGGUGCCCGACUUCCAAUCUAUUUGUUAUCUUACUUGCAGUCUCUAUUUAUUCUAAGUUCAGACAACCCAGUUUCUAACAAUGAAUUAGAAAAUAAAACUAUUGACUUUAGUAAAAUUGACACAUAUGAUAUACUGAACAAAGCAAGGUAUUUCGUGGAUCGUGGCAACCUAAUGCAAGCACUUAAAUAUUUAAACCUACUCCAAGGUGCUCCCAGAAAAGUCGCAAGUGAUUGGAUAAAAGAAGCUAGAUUGCUUUUGGAAACACAACAAGCUGCCAAUACUCUAAUGGCUCAUGCUGCUGCUAGUGGUCUUUUAUAUUUGUAAAUGUAUUUAAUAAAUGUUCAUAAAUUAAUCUGCAGCGAAACCUUUGAAAAGAGACAGAUAGACAAAAUUGUAUCGAUAUAAUAAAGGAUAUUGAUUGUUUUGCAAAUGCAAAUGAUUUAUUUAUGGCAACAAUAAAUUGAAAUCCAUGUUGAUAAAA